UGCCAGUAAAGUGAAAUGAAAAGAAUAUAAAAAUUCAUUCUUUCUUUCUUUCUUCUUCAAGAAACAAGAAAAGAAUAAACACGCAAACACACAUUGUGGAGUUCGAUAUCAAACCUCUUUGGAUGUUCGGUGUUUCGCUCAAUCAUCUUUAUUAUUUGCAAAAUCAAGAAACAACAUUCAAUUUCUUCUGUUUGAUACGACAACCUAUGCUAUAUAAGGAUCCUUGCAUAGUGAUCAAUGGAGGAAACCAUAAUGAGGUUGUAUCUGGUAAAAAUCAGUGGGUGUUGGCACAAUAGCACUAUAUUUGUGUUGAUAACUAUAAAUGUAAGUCUUGGAUUUAGUAACCGAAAAAAGGUAGAACCUUACCCAUUUUUAUCGUUCUUGAUCAUUCAAUAAGAUUCAAUCUCUGCUGAGCAUAAUAGUGUUCAGGUUCAACAUGCUAAUAAAGUGGUUACCCAAGGUUCAUCGGUGAUUUGGAAACCGAAAUCUCAUGGAACUGUUCUUGGAGGACUGUAACUGAAGUUGAAAGCAUGCUGUUGGGUAAAGGGAAGGUUGAUGGUUCAGAUGCGGCUUCAUGCACGAAUCAGAGCAACCUUUUGGAAAUGAAAAGUCAGAUAAAGAGGUAUUGUCUUGGUGGCCCAAAAAUGUUGGAUGAUGUCAUAAUGUGAAAGCUAGUUGUUGCCUUAAAAUGCGGGAUGAUGUCAUGCAUGGAUAUUAUUUAUUGUUCUUUGAUGACUCUAGUCCCUAAAUGCAAUUUUGCAACUGCAACAUGAAGUGAUUUUGCAAAUGCAAAAGGAAAUGCGUCCUUGUGUUUGAUUAGCCUACUGAUAAAGGGUUUCAAAGGAAUUCUCUAAGGAACAAAUGAAUCAACUGAAGCAAAGUACAAAAAAACCAAUUCUUUGGAGUCUAAACUAUUUCAUAUAAGGGGAUGCUUGCAUUGUGAUUAAUGGAGGAAUCCAUAACGAGGCUGUAUAUCUGUUAGUCUUGUUUACUGCAGACCUACUAUGAAAUCUGAUAAAAUUCAAUCUUCUGCUUGAGAAAUAGAAAACCUUUUAUUGGUGAACAUAGCAGUGUUCAAUUUCAGCGGUGAUUUUGAAACCGAAAUCUCAUGAAAUUGUUAGUGUAGGACGGUAACUUAAGUUGAAAGCAUGCUGGUGGGUAAAGGGGAAGUUGGUUGAUGGUUCAGGACUUCAGGUGUUGGUGUUGAUGUGGCUUCAUGCACGAAUCAGAGCAACUUUCUAUCCCAAAUUUGAAAAUGAAAAGUCAGAUCAAGAGACCACCUAUGUCAUAUAAGGAUGCUGGCAUUGCGAUCAACUGAGGAAACCAUAACAAGGUCGUAUCUGUCAAUGUUUUUUACUGCAGGUGGAUGUAUAAGAUUCAGAUAGCACUAGAUUUGUGUUGAUAAUUAUAAAUGUGAGUAUUGGAUUUAGUAACUUGAAUACAUGUGAGCUCUUAUAAGUGGCCUCUCGGUUAUGCAGCAUUUAAUCAAUCGAUCAUGUAGGUGGUACAACCACUCUAGUAUGCAGCCUACAAACUUGAUAUGGUGACUGAUGACAGUUCUUUCAGACAAUAUUAUUAUGUAACAGAUAUUGCGCCUGUGAUUGAGGGUGCUGUUCACCACAUCGGUUCAAGAAGAUUUGAGUUUGGAGGUACUGAUCUAACUAAUUUCCUGGCUCAAAAACUCGGCAAAUCAAAUCCGCAAGUAAAUAUCAGCAUGUCUGAUGUGGAUCAAAUAAAAGAGCAAUAUUCAUGCUGUGUUGAAGAUGAGUUAGCUUAUCAGAAAACCCAAUAUUCUUGUCCUGUGGAGAAACAUACGCUUCCUGAUGGACAGGUGAUAACAAUUGGGAGAGAAAGAUGCACAAUUGGCGAAGCUUUAUUCCAGCCAUGUCUGUUGGGUUUAGAAGCUCAUGGCAUUGUUGAACAGCUUGUCCGUGCUAUGAUUGGUUUGUGGUGGCACUUCUUCUAUGAUUGAUAAACUUUUCAUCUUUGUUAGUUAUGGUUAAUUUAGUAUAAACUUGACGUUCGCCUUUGUUUCUAAGGAUCCUGAAUAUAAGGGAAAAUUUAUAAGGAUCCUGCGGACAAAACAGCUUAACAUUGGACAUUUUUGGACUGAUAAAUAUCACAGUGCGCGUUUACAAACCUGAA